AAAUAAUAGAAUGCCUUAGGAACGAAGCAAGAUUAAGAUUAGAGCCUUGAUUUCUGUUGACAUUACAGACACGGAUCUAUUACUUGUGCAACAUAUGUUAGAAGUACUUCGUCAAUGGUAGGAAGUCGUAAGUCAACGGAGAGUGAGGCCGGAAUUAAUACCAAGUGCAGAUAUUUGGGUGAAGGUAAGCAGGUGAGCAACUUUUACCUGGUUGGGUCGCACAUGCGAUAGAAUCGCAUCGUAAUCCUCAGUCAGUUAGAUGUAAAAUCUCGAGUCACUUGGACAAAACUACUUUCGCUGAAGCUUAGCUCAUUAGCGAGUCAAUUGGAAGUGAACGAGGUACGUCUGGAAUUCAAGGAGAAUAUUCUAUUGAAGUAAAAAUAGUUUGGAAAAUUUUGAAAAUCAUACCUGCUGUAAGUUUCCUCAAUCAUUGCUUCAUUAGUCUUUUGAGAACUGAGAAGAACAUACCGAUUCAUUCAUAAGUAUAUCUUGGACUAAAUUUAGUUGAAAUUGUUAAGUGCGAUGUUUGCAACAGUGUAAAAAUAUGACAAAUUCGAUUAACGCUUUCGAAUGACGUGCGUUCCAUUUUGCACCAUCUCCAUCAUUUUCGAGUUAUGUGCUGCGAGUCGCUUCAGGAAACGACAUAGAUAGUUGCUCGAUCGUUAUUUACAAAAUGCUACAGAAAAGUUUAUCGUGCAGCUCGGAGUUCCUUGCGGAGGGUGCUGGUGUUAAGAUUACUAUGACUGCACCGGUUGAAGAAGUGCAGGCUGCUUUUUUGGUGACAUCGUCCAGAGAAGAAAUCAUUCUGAGGUUGGAAGGUGAAGGAGAACAUUCAAAUGAUAAAAGAAAGCCAUGCGGAUUUCAUUUGACUAGAUCAAAAUGGGAUCCCUAUCCUUGGGUUGGUUCAGUAGAGAAAGGAAGCGUAGCUGAAAAAUCAGGAUUGAGAUCUGGUGAUUGUUUACUGGAGGCAAAUGGUAAAGACCUGGUGGGACUUCGCGUGAAGGAAAUAGCAUCUCUCGUUCAGAAUUCAGAGACAGAGAAUGUGAAUCUUCAAGUAUGGCGAAGUCCACAGCAAGUACCAGAGCAAGAGGAUGGUACGGAAGGUGUCGCGCUGGAAGGUCCACUUCCUGAUGUUGCCAGAAGAUUAGCCAGUGCCGUAUCCGGAGCAGUCCGUGCCCUGGAGUGUCCUGUCUGUCUAGAGAGUGCAGGUCCUCCAGUGUCGCAGUGCGUCCACGGUCACAUACUCUGCGUCGGAUGUCGACCGAAGACAGCACGUUGUCCUAUCUGUAGGGUGAGACUAGGCCAAGGCAGAUGCCUCCUCGCUGACACUAUGCACAGGGUCUUCCAGGAUGCUUUCAACGUCGCUGAAGACAAGGAAGGAAGGAGUCUCCGGGAAUGGCUUUUCGGUAAGCGAAAGAAGCACAUGGACACGAGCAGUAUCAGAAACAAUAUCAAGAAUUCGACAAAGCCAAGGCAGUUACUGGCUAGACUUCUUCUGGGAGGAUUUGACAAGGCUGCUUCUGCUGAAAACUUAUCUUCCACCACUCAGGAUACCUUGCAGUCUGCUAACAUACAAUCCUUCGUAUCGCGAAGACUAGGUGAGCUCAGUCUCAGCGAUCGUGCAAAAUCGGCCAGCACAGGCGAACUGUCAGGAAGCAGAGUACCAAUUGGCUCGUUACAGUUAAAAGAGCCUAGAGAAUUUUCCAAUAGUUCUAAUCCGGAUAUGACGUAUAACAUGGGAUCAAGAAGUAAUUCAGGUCUACUGAGUGUACCUCAAACACCAACCUGGGGUGGAUCUACUGAAUCUGUAUCUAAUACUCUAAUCAGGUGUCCACUUUCGGAUUCGAGCGAAUGUCGCGAAAUGAUAACACCAGGGAUUGUAUUGGAACAUUUGAGCAGAACACACGAAGGUCCGCAGAUUCAUUAUUAUCAGAACUGUGCAAGACUUCCUUUGCCAAUGCCACUGGGACCCACUGCUAUUUACGUACUCCACCAUGCAGGAGAAAUAUUCUUUCUCAAGUGUGAAGAUGAAGAAGCCUGGGUAACUACUACAGGAGCAGGAAACGCCUGGGAAUGGACUCUGUAUGGUUGGGGUAAUGAUGGUACAGAGAUGAAAUUUCGGAAAAGCGUAGCUCCUCUGGAAGACCCCGUAACGUCUUUAGGAAUGCAUAAAGCACCAUUGCCAAAAGCUCUUUCUAUUCACACAAUAGAAAUUCAGCUGCUAGAAUCUAGAUCCAACGAAGGACUCACAAUCUAAAGCAGCUGUCUGAAUCCUAAACAGGAAGU